AUGGCGUCUCCCGCACUUUCUAUAGCGUUGUCGGCGUCUUUCACGGCCUGGCCGCAUUCAGCCGCUGCCUUCUUCGCACACUCCGUAGCGUCACGGGCCUUUGCCGCCGCCGCUUCCGCUGCACUCGCCGCCAUAGUGGCUGCUAUUGCAGAGCCUGGCAGAACAGAAGACGCCGCAGCAGCCCGCGCAUUCGCCGCGGUCGCCCUCGACAACUUCUCCGCAGCGGUGGCAGCAGCAGCCGCGAGGUCAGCAUGGCCCGCCGCGGACUUGCAGUGCGUCGCCGCAGCCGAUGCCUUCGACGUUGCGUGCCUCACCUUGUCCGACGCCACCCGGCACCCCCGCGCCGCCUCCACCGCGCUCGCAGCGGCCUUCCUCAGCUUUUCCUUUGCGGCCCCCGGGCUGUUUUGCAGCUCACUGCUCGUCACCACGGUGGUUGCUUUGUCCGCCAGCGAUUUGGCGACCUGCGUUGCGUUUCGGGCGUUCUCCACCGCACUCGCAGCUGCCGUCUUCGCCGCGUCUGCCUCCUUCGCGGCGUCCUUCGCCUUGGCCACUGCCUCCUCUGCCUCGCUCGCGGCAGUCUCCGCUUCGUCCAGUGCCUUGGUAGAAUUCCGCUGA